CACCACCCACUCCGGACACUUCCGGCUGUCCCGCCCUUUGACCCGGAAGUGGACUAAAGAGGAAGCAGCUGGUGAUGCGGAGGCAAACAUGGCGGUCCUGGCCCCCCUCAGCCCCUCGGGCUCCUGCUGUCUGCGUCUGGCCGCGGGCCUGCGGCUGCUUCCGGUGCUGGGGCUGCUGCCGCUGCUGGUCGAGCCCGGCCUGGGCCGCUUCCACCACCUGGCACUCAAAGAUGACGUGAGGCACAAGGUGCAUCUGAACACCUUCGGGUUCUUCAAGGACGGCUACAUGCAGGUGAAGGUCAGCAGCCUCUCCGUGAACAAUCCCACUGGGGUCAUGGACAAAGACACCAUUAUCGGGUUCAGCCUGGACCGCGCGAAGAACGAUGGCUUUUCUUCUUACCUGGGGGAGGAUGUGAACUACUGCAUUUUACAGAAACAGUCUGUCUCCGUCACCGUCCUAAUCCUAGACAUCUCCAGAAGUGAAGUGAAAAUCAGGUCCCCGCCGGAAGCUGGCACCCAGCUGCCCAAGAUCAUCUUAGGCAAGGAUGAGAAAGUCCUUGCGCAGAGCCAAGGGCCCGACGUGAGCCCUGUGUCCACGUCCGCGUCUGCAUCCGCGUCUGCAUCCGAGUCCGGCGGCAACCAGACUCAGAAAGCACAAGAUGGCGGGAAGCCUAAGAGAAGCACGGUGGACACACAGGCACCGGGGGAGAAAUCCUUUUCCAUUCAUAAGGACUCCGGGGCAGUGUCAUUUCAGUUUUCCUUUAACAUCAGCACUGAUGAUCAAGAAGGACUUUACAGUCUUUAUUUCCAUAAAUGCUCUAAAACUGAGGGGCAGUCGAGUGACAAGUUUUCAUUCAGCCUUGAUAUCGAGAUCACCGAGAAGAACCCCGACAGCUACCUGUCCGCAGGGGAGAUCCCGCUCCCCAAGCUCUACAUCUGCAUGGCCUUCUUCUUCUUCCUCUCUGGGACCUUCUGGAUCCACAUCCUUAGGAAACGACGGAGUGAGGUGUUUAAGAUCCACUGGCUGAUGGCGGCCCUGCCCUUCACCAAGUCCCUUUCCUUGGUGUUCCACGCGAUCGACUACCACUACAUCUCCUCCCAGGGCUUCCCGAUCGAGGGCUGGGCCGUGGUCUACUACAUAACCCACCUUUUGAAGGGUGCGCUGCUGUUCAUCACCAUCGCGCUCAUUGGCACGGGCUGGGCCUUCAUCAAGCACAUCCUCUCCGACAAAGACAAGAAGAUCUUCAUGAUCGUCAUCCCCCUCCAGGUCCUGGCGAACGUGGCCUACAUCAUCAUCGAGUCCACCGAGGAGGGCACGACGGAGUACGGACUGUGGAAGGACUCCCUGUUCCUGGUGGACCUGCUGUGCUGCGGCGCCAUCCUCUUCCCCGUGGUGUGGUCCAUCAGACAUUUACAGGAAGCUUCAGCCACGGAUGGAAAAGCUGCUAUCAACUUAGCAAAGCUGAAGCUUUUCAGACACUACUAUGUCCUGAUCGUGUGUUACAUCUACUUCACCAGGAUCAUCGCCUUCCUCCUGAAGCUGGCUGUCCCCUUCCAGUGGAAGUGGCUUUACCAGCUCCUGGAUGAAAUGGCCACCCUGGUGUUCUUCGUUCUGACGGGUUACAAAUUCCAGCCGGCUUCAGACAACCCCUACCUGCAGCUGUCUCAGGAGGACGAGGACCUGGAAAUGGAAGCUGUGGUGACGACGUCAGGGGUGAUGGAGAACAUGAAGAAAGUCAAGAAGGUGACCAACGGCUCAGUGGAGCCCCAGGGCGACUGGGACGGCACCGCGUGAGGCGCGGGCUCUGCAGAGGUCGCUGUGGAUGCUGUUGUCGGAGACCUGUCACUCACCGUCCUAUGGGGAGCAGGAGCGGCUCCCGGCAGCAGCCCCGGCGCACUGCGCACCCCACUUCUCCUCGCUUAGGGAAACGGACCCGUGGGUGGCCGCAGCAGGACCGCCCUUCAGGUGGCGGCUGCGGGCAGAGGACAGAUUCGCCUCCGGUUCACUUCUCAAUGUGGAGCUCUAGGGUACAAGCAGCAGGGACCCCCGUGUGUGCGGACCAGAGAGGCGCGUGGCCCUGGAGGGCGGGCGCUGCUUCUGGACACAGCCGGAUAAGGCGGGGACACGGCAUCUUUGGGGGACGAAGGGAACGACAUUUUAGAUAGCAAAGUGGAAAUGGCGUGGUAGGUGGGGCCCCAGGACUCCCCCAACACCUUCGCGCCCGGCGGGGAGGAGGGACCCUGGCCGCUGCGUGCCUUCCAGAAAGGCUCGGUCGUGCCAGCCAGCCCCCCUCCAGACGUGGCUUUCUCGGGGGAGGUGGUGGGAUUUCCCGGACGCCCGUCCCUCCGGCCCGUCUCUCUUCUGCAGCUUGCAGCUUUGUAGGACCGGAGUUCAGGGUGCACGGGGAGGGGUCUUCCUGGAGGGGCAGCGGGGGCGGCGAGGCCGCGGUGCUCACCCUCAUUAAAGCUUUUCCGCGGGGCAGGGCUUCUCACUGGAGCAUUGCAGAGCCGCCCUGAGGCCGAAGCGCCUGCGGUUCUUGAGAGAGCGGGGCUCCGCACUGGGGCUCUGCGCCCCGGGCUCGGGGUGGUGCGCUUCGACCUGAACUGGGUUCGGCUGUCAGCAGGCCGCGCCUGCGGGCACGGGGACGCUGUGGGACCCGGCCGCACCCCCCUCGUUAGGCUUGGGAGCCCAGGGUGUCCGGGCGGGAAGCAGAGACGCACUGGGCGCCGUCCCCGUCCUGACUGACAGCACUGGCGCCACUGCGUCCCUUCUGUCUGGAUUAGCACCCGCAACCCUGGCCGCCCUGUGCAGGGUGGGCGGCACGCACCGCUCACCCCUGGGCGGGGCGGGGCCGGUGACCAGGCCCAGGGGGCCUCCUGCUGCUCGGUGCGUGAUGGAGGCGGUGGCCGCAGGCCGGGUGCUAGGAACGCUUUGUUCUCUGCACAGACAGCACCCGCAGCCCUGAAGCUGCGCCCACGCGUCCCUCCCUCCGAGGGGUGCACCCACGUCUCCCCUGCCCAAGGGCAGCGCCCCACCACGGAGCGCCGUGGGGCCUCCUCAGCCCGUUACACUCGUGGCGUGGGGGUGUGUUAGGCCUCACACCCCAAGGCGAGUGUGCUUGCCCCAGCCUCACGCCGUCCGAGAAGGCAACGGCCCGCGAGAUGUGUCCUGCCGCGUGUCUGCAGCAGGCCAGCCCGGCCGGGGGAGCAGGGACACACAGACCAGAGAAGGGGCCAGAGGCACAGGUGGCUUCCUGCCAGCGGCCGGUUGUGGGCCACAAGUGCGGGAGGCCCCGGCCCGGCUGCUUAAGGAAGGUGGCGUCGGUUCCAGGCUUAAAGCUCCGCGUUGCGCCCUGCCCUCGUGAAGGCUGACAGCGGGCCGCGGGCCUGCCAAGUCCUCCCCGCAGCAGCUCAGCCCAGUGGCGGCCUCCAGCUCUUCCUCCGGCCUGCCCUCUGCAGCCUGUGCAAAUGUCCACGUUUGCUUUGAGAGCCUACUGGGGCCUGCAAGUGCUGCUGGCUGUGAGAUUUAAUAAAGGUGUAUUUUGCUAGAAAAUUAUUUCUUGGACAACAAGAACAACCAUUGCUCUCUCGAUCCUGGCUGUUAGCAGCAGCCAAGGGCAUCCUCUGCCUGCUUGCUUGUCCUGCAAAGCUUUAAGCAGUUAGUGCAGGCACCUCGCAGCGUUUGAGGUGACCGUAGCAAAUUGGCAGUUUAUUUUCCUGCAAAGAGCAGCUGAUCCAGCAUGCAAGAUGUUUUCUCAGACCAUAGCCUGAGUCCGUUGUGUUUUCUUCUGAGAAACCACUGUAGAGUAAAAUGCCUGCGUUUAGCCUGCGAGUCCGCUGUGCGGGUGAGGUCACAGCCCAGCCGUGUGAGCUCUUCUGGCACUUCUGUGCUUGAUCCCUGGGUGCCACCCCUACCCCACCCGGCCUAUGGACUCUGGGCGGGUGCUGCUGAAGGCCUGCGUGUAUCCAGCGUUUCCUCCAGGCGGGCCUGCGAAGGCUGCAUUUCCAGAGCGCAGGGGAGUUUGAUGCUGCCUGUCUCUGCUUCAGACUGCAGAAGACGCCCUUCCCAGCACUAAGACGUGCAUCUCCUGCAGGCCGUUCGGGGCCAGCCCUGAGAGCCGGAGCAGGCGUGUCCCAAAGCAUUUGCUUUGACCAGACCCCGAGAGCAGUCGGGCUGCUGAGCUGCUGGCCCGCGCCAUACCCAGAGCAGCUGGCUGCUGUGCCUCGCACUGCCAAGCCGCUGUCAGAGGAAGCCACCACCACCAACGCCACCACCACCACCACCGCUGCCUUGGCCUCCCCUGCCCUUGCAGCCGCACAGAACAAGUGUCCCCAGGCCACGGUCCCCUCUUUGUUCCCCGCCGGGCUUCAGUGCGUGUUACUGAAGCGGACCUUGACUGGCGGUGUGUGGGAAAGUAGCAUCUAGAACACACCCAGUGUCCCUCGAGAUCUGCACCAAGGUGUCCUGGCAGCCCCUGCACACCACUCACACUGUCCCCACCUGCAGUGUGGCUUGUGGUCAGCAGGCUGGACGCACCCCAAAUUCCUUAGGUCUCUAGCCAGCUGCUGCAGCUGUGGCUCCUGCUUGGCUGGAGAGCUGGGUAGAGCUUUGAGAUGGCUGGGUGCCCGGGCAUGGGGGCACCCCCUGCGGUACAGGGUAGAGAAGCACCCCAGGGUGAGGGGUGGGAGCAAGGACUCGGCCACAGCGCCUGGGGGACCUGGCGGGCUGGCGGCGGCCGGAAGUCUGCGGACAGAUGUUGAGGGGGAGCUCCGGUUGCAGUCAGGAGAGGGCCUGGCUCACUGAAGCUAACGCCCUGCUACCUUGAGGCCCAGUUUGAGACUUCGGGAGCAGAGGGCCCUCCUGGCAUUAGAGCUACUCUUCGUCCCUGUCCCCACGGGGGUCCGGAUUCCUUCUGCGGCUUGUGCAGACCUGGUCAUGGCGGGAGGGCCGUGGAUGCGAUGGUGCCCUGUGCUCUCUGCCGGGUGGGGGCGGGGGCUCUCGGUGUUUUCCCAGCACUGACGACCGCGAAGAGUUUCUGUAUCGAGUGAUGGGCGGGGGUCGGGUUGGUGGCGCGCGGGCCGCUCACUGCCGCAGAGGUGUACAGUAAAGGCGCCGCGACGGAGACAAGGCUGCCAUCCCAGCAAGCCUGACUCCCGGCUGCUUCCUCUCCUCCA